AUGGGGGAGGCUGUCGUGAUAGAUAUAGACAGUUAUGUGCAAGACUGAAGUAUACGACAGAGUAGAGGAGGAUGAGGAAAUGAGUCAGGGAAGGGAGAAGAAUUCAAAGCCAUUAUUGAUAUUUGAACACAAAUUGAAGCACAAGGCUCAACUGUUAGCCUCUAUUUUCCAGAAUUUUGCAAAGAAAUUGAGAAGCUCCAGAAAUUAUUGACCCAGAAAAACAAGCCUAAAGGAAAUACAGAGACCAAUCAAGUAUUCAGAGUUAACAUUGUAGUCGGUCCCCAAUGGUUAUUCUUUGAACUAGGAUCUCAUUCUUUUGCUGGGCAUGAAGUCGCAGUCUACUCAAACAACCCGAAUUUCUUCCAUAAGCAAUUCGUCGACAUGUUCCAGCUGAAAUGUGGAAGCAAUAAGAAUAUUUCCAUUAAACAAAAAAGGAUGGAAAAGCUAUUGGAAGACUUAGAACUAAUGAAAUCUCUCACAGAAUCAACUGAUACAGAAGAAUCAAAGACUGAUCCAAAAUUAAUGAAACACAACAAAGAGAAAAUUUAUCAAAUCAAAUUAAAAGAAGGAAAUAAAAGUAUUGAAACAGGAAUCUCAGAUUCUGAAACAGUGGUUGGCCCAUCAACCACAACAGGAUCUACUGUAUGCUCUGAAAUAGAUAAAGAAAUGGAAGAGCUUGAAAGGAAAUUCAACCUUGACAAAAACUAUAAAAAUUCACUUGCUGUGCUAUUAGAAAAAAUCCCCAAAUAUUUUAAUAAAACAGAUGAAAAUAACGUGCUAAAAUUCAUGAAUGGACUUGAAAAUCUAGUAAACCAGCAUCUCAAUAAAUUUCAAAAAUCAUCAAAGAUUGAUCUUUGUACUUCUGAAAGGAAAAAUUAUUUCCUUUUUGUUAGGAAUUUCCUUUAUAAAAACAAAAUCAUCGAAUGUGAGAUUCUGAAUCUAUGGGUAAACACACAUCAUGGAGACACAGAAGAGAAGAUAAAAGAUUCCUACACAGUGAAAGUAGACUUUGACAAAAUUGAUAAAGUUUUGGCUGAGCUCAAAGAAACUAAAUCAAAAUUCUCGUUCAAGGGAUAUCAACUGGUAGAUAAGAUUAACAACUAUGGAUCAAUAUGUCACGCAGCUGUUAAGAAUUUGAUAAUAAAUGAUCUUAUGAGCUCUGAUAAACCAAUUAGUUCAAUCAAAAGUCUGACUCAAAAUAUUCACCAUGUUUUGAAAUGCAUUUAUAACUCAAAGACAGUGACCAAAGAGCAGAAGUACGUUAUAAAGAAGGAUAAGAGAGUUAAGUACCUGAUUUGUGAAAUAUUAAGAAACCGUGGAGUCUGGGAAGAAAAAGUGGAUGGAUCUGCAGAGAUCAACAAGGCAAGAUGAGAAGCUCUCUUUCAUGAGUUGGAGACUUAUCCUUCUAAAAAGAUGAUAAAUAAACUGAUUUGAGAAAUCCAGAGUAUUGUUUGCAACAGUUAGAUCAUUUAGAAGGAAUGUGAAGAUUUCUAGAAUAAUCCUUUUUGUUAAUGAUAACAGAUACCUCAGAUCGGGCUUUCGGGUAUACAUUCUUGACUUACCAGGAUUAGUGGACACUUUCUGAUUAGUUAAUAUAUUGAUCAAAUGAUUUGCGAAGAUAAUUUGGAUGAAUCUUCAAAUAUCCAACAUUUAGCUUUAUUAAUAAGCCUGAUUCAAAUUUAGACCCAAUACUUAUCUAUUUUCUCCAACAAACUUCGAUACAUUCAAUGCACUGAGCUUACCUCCUUAGCCUCUAUUCGUUCCUUCUUCGUCUUUAAUUUUAAAGCCCAGGUUGGCAGGAAGGCACAAUAGCUUUUUGGGAAGCAGACUUGGGAAGUGGAGAGGAAGAUGAGGAGGAGAGGAUGUGUUGGAAGGGGAAUUUGGGAUUUUAAAGGGGUAGAGAGAGGCUUUGGUUGUAAUUUUUU